AAGAAACCUCGUUGGUUGUCACUUCCUUCCGGGCACUGCUACGCCCCGCCGCCACGGCGUCCUAUUAAGCCACCGUCUUUAAUAAUUUCUCAGCCCUGCCGCCAUCGUCCUACGGCGAGCUCGCCUAUCAGAAAACCGCGUCCUCCGUCUUCUAGAGAUCGAGUUCGCUUCUCGCUCGCUGCUGCGUCGCGCGCGAAGUCACGCCCCCGUUCGUCGAAUCAUCACCUUCCAGAUAAGAGACAUGAUAGAGAAAGAGACGACAUCUACCUUCAACAAAUCAACUGGCUUGCCUAGGAAGCGAUUCUACCGAGCACGAGCUCACAGCAAUCCACUGAGUGAUUCGCACUUUCCUGUUCCACUCUCCCCAAGUCAAUUUGAUUAUUCUCUUCAUUACCCUCAGUUGUUCCCUGCUUCAUCUGAUGAUGAUAAUCCCAAAAGGAUUCAGUUUGCUGACAUUGGCUGUGGCUUUGGAGGGCUACUAGUUGCUCUUUCAACCCUAUUUCCCGACAAACUCAUGAUUGGGAUGGAAAUUAGGGACAAGGUGACCGAAUAUGUGAGGCGCAUUUCUGCAUUGAGGACGACCAAUCCCAGUCAAUACCAAAAUAUCUCAGUAGUACGGACCAACUCUAUGAAGUACAUUCCUAACUAUUUUGAGAAAGGACAACUGAUGAAGAUGUUCUUCCUAUUUCCGGAUCCUCAUUUCAAAGAGAAAAAUCACCGUCGCAGGGUGAUUAGCCCUCACUUGUUAGAUGAGUAUGCAUAUACUCUGGCUGUUGGGGGCAUAAUUUACACUAUCACAGAUGUUGAAGAACUUGGUGAAUGGAUGAAGGGCUGUUUGGAAAACCACCCUAUGUUCGAGGCAUUGACGGAGGAAGAACUCGAGAACGAUCCGGUGGUGAAGCUAUUGACCAGCGCAACCGAGGAAGGCCAGAAGGUUGCCAGGAACGGUGGGCAGACAUUUCAAGCAAUAUACAGACGCAUUGCUCCAUCUCUAUGAUAGAAAUCAACUAAUGGCUCUAUGUCUGUGUAUCGGCAGUAACUUUUUGGGACCAUUUUUAGGUGAACUUUCAUGCAUUUUUUGGGAUCCUUUGAAAGAUUGAGAUAUUUCUAAAUGCAAAAGUAAAAUUCCAUACCUGUUUCUUCAUUA